UUGAUGAACUUCAUAUUUCUGUAAUGUCGAACUUUACCAAAGAUUAUUUACCGGGUUAUAAUCUCGGUUGAGGUGUCGUUGGUUGGCCGGUACCGGUGCUGUAACUUUAGCGUGUAGCUAAAGUUAGCCUCGGUGUGAGAAGUUAAAGGCCCACACUCAGAGUGGGAGAGACGAGCUCCUGAGAGGAGAUGUGUGCCAGGUUCAGGGGCCGGUGGGGGCAGCCGACAGCUUGGAGCUAAACACGGCAUCACUUCACAGAGCAGCCGGUGGUCAGAUGGCUCUGCUGCACUGUUAGCUCGCCUGGCUCUGUAUGUCUGUCAGCAUGGGGGACAACAACGGCGUGAACGGGGACCUGAACGCCAACUCCAGGUGCCAGAGCACCGGCGACCCGCAGCUGGACAAGGCGGUGCACCAGUGGUUGACCUGGGACAAGAACCGGCGAACUCGGGCUCAGGUGGAGUCUCUAGUGGCGGCGGGUCGUUUGGAGGAUCUGAGGAAGAGGCUGUGCAGCAGGAUGAGCUUCGGCACAGCCGGACUGAGAGCACCAAUGGGAGCCGGAUUUAACCGGAUCAACGACCUCACUGUCAUCCAGUCCACACAGGGUCUGUACUCGUACCUGUGCAGAUACUUUGCAGACUUCAGCAGCAGAGGAGUGGUUGUUGGCUUCGACACCAGAGGACAGGAGGACAGCGGCUGCAGCAGCCACAGGUUGGCAAAGUUGACUGCCGCUGUGAUGCUCAGCAGAGACGUUCCCGUUCAUCUUUUCUCCACAUUCGUCCCAACGCCGUAUGUGCCGUACGCUGUGAAGAAGCUCGAUGCCGCAGCCGGAGUGAUGAUAACCGCCUCGCACAAUCCUAAAGAAGACAACGGGUACAAGGUGUACUGGUGUAACGGCGCUCAGAUCUCCUCGCCUCACGACAAACAGAUCCUGCAGAAUAUCGAGGAGCAGCUGGAGCCCUGGAGCGCCUCCUGCUGGGACGAGGAGCUGGUGGAGAGCAGCUCCCUGAGAACAGACCCCCUGACUCAGAUCAACAACUGCUACAUGGAGGAGCUCUCCUCCCUCUGCUUCCACAGGGAUCUGAACAGAAGCUGCCCAUUGAAGUUUGUCCACUCGUCAUUCCACGGUGUCGGACAUUUCUUCGUCCAGCAGGCCUUCCAUGCUUUCAGUCUCCCUCUGCCGAUCCCUGUCCCUGAGCAGAAAGACCCCGACCCCAACUUCUCGUCUGUCCGCUGCCCCAACCCCGAGGAGGGAGAGUCUGUCCUGGAGCUUUCCCUUCGUCUGGCAGAGCGGGAAAAUGCUCGCAUCGUCCUGGCGACGGAUCCUGAUGCUGACCGAUUGGCUGUUGCAGAGAAGUCUGACAGGUGUGGUUGGAAGGUGUUCACAGGUAACGAGCUGGCAGCUCUGCUGGGUUGGUGGAUGUUCUUUAACUGGAAGGAGGCUCAUCCGGAUCCUGCAGACACCCAGAAGGUUUACAUGAUGGCCACCACAGUGUCCUCCAAGAUCCUGCAGGCCUUCGCUCGCAUCGAGGGGUUUCACUUCGAGGAAACUCUUCCUGGGUUUAAGUGGAUCGGGAACAGAAUACACGAACUCACCAAAACAGGAAACAGCGUCAUAUUCGCCUUCGAGGAGUCGAUUGGUUUCCUGUGCGGCAGUAUGGUUCCUGAGAAAGACGGCGUGAGCUCGGCAGUGGUCGUGGCUGAAAUGGCUGCUUACCUCCACAACAAGAACCUGAGUCUGAACCAACAGCUGCACAACAUCUACCAGACGUACGGUCAUCACGUGUCUAAGACGUCGUACGUGGUCUGUAACGACCCGCCCACCAUCCAGAAGAUCUUCAGCCGCAUCAGAAACUUUGACGGCGAAGCGUCAUACCCAAAGACGUGCGGCGGCGUCCCGAUCGUCCACAUCAGAGACGUCACCACUGGAUACGACAGCAGCCGGCCCGACCUCAGAUCAGUUCUUCCUGUGACGAGGAGCAGUCACAUGAUCACCUUCACACUCCAGAACGGCGUCGUGGCGACGCUGAGAACCAGCGGCACCGAACCCAAAAUCAAAUACUACACGGAGUACUGCGCCGCCCCGGGGAACAGCGAGGCGUCCAGUCUGGAGGAGGAGCUCAGGAAGACCACUGCCGCCCUGCUGGACGAGUUCCUGGAGCCCGAGAGGAACAACCUGAUUCGCCGCUGCGUCUAGCCCCGCCUCCCCCUCCCAUCAGCUGUUUUCCUGUUGGUGAUGAUGUCACAUCCUGUCGUGUCUGUAGACGAAUCAGAGCGGCUGCUGCUUCUCUCUGUGGUGUCAACAAAGUUCAGUUUAGACGAAAAUACGAACUGAUUCAUUAAAAAAUAAGUUUCAGGUCUGAACUGUGGUACUCUGUGUCCUCCAUACGGCAGAGAGCAUGAUGGGUAACGGAGUCCAACCGUUGAUUCUGAUUGGUCAUCAGGUCAGAGGACACAUUACAGUAUUUUCAUAGAAACAAAGUCACAGAUGAAGUGUGUUGAACCAAAUAUUUGUUUUCACAGACCUGAACUGUAAACACUUGAAAUAAAUACGGAGGUUCAUUCAUGACAAAAUCACAGAGCAGAAAACAAAUUCAAAACUAUCAGGUUUCUGUACAGUGGCCUGUUGCUGUCAGUAUUUAAAAUGUUUUAUUGUUUUUUCAUGAUGAGAUCAAUUCCUCAUUAUUACCAAGAAUCAAAUAUUUGCUUUCAAAGAUCUGAACCUUAAAAACUUGAAAUGAAUAUGGAAGUUUAUUUAUGACAAAACAGCAAAUUCAAAGUAUGUCAUUAACAGGGUUCUUUACGACGGCCUGUUGCUGUCACCAUUACAUACAUAUUGUUCUAUAUUUCAUUAUAACAAAAUAAUUUACCUCAUCAUAAUUAGAAACCAAAUAUUUGUUUUCAAAGAAAUGAACUACAAAGACUUGAAAUAAAUAUGGAAUUUCAUUCAGGACAAAACCACAGAGAGCAGAAAACAAAUCACUGUGAGGGAAAUAUAGUUUUUUGUUUUGAAAAGAAAAUUUCCUCGUUAUUACUAAAAAACCAAAUGUUUAAUGUUGUUCACUUUAUUUUGUUUCAUCAAGAAACUCUCGUUGUUACAAAGAAUGUGAAAUAAAAUAAAUUAUGUUGUAUUUAUAUUUACAUUCACUGUUUAAAUGUUUCUUCUUGUAAUCAAAUAUUCAGAUUUUGUGUAAUGAGAAUAUUUUGGGAUGUGACCAGAUAAAGUUUUUUGGUUCUUGUUUCGCAGUUUGAAUUUUGUUUUUCUGAUUUUUUUUUUUUCAAUGUAAAAAUGAAUCUUUAAAUAUCGAAGAACAAGAAGAGAAAAUAAUGUGAAUUAAAAUUUUGUUCUUUGUUAAAGGUUUACGUUGAACUGAAAGUUCAGGAAGUGAAGUCAGCGGUGGGUUUUAGGACAAUCAAAAUCAAGCUCUCUGAUUGGACAGGUCUCACAGCAGUGAACUCUGGGAGUUGUAGUUGAAUUUUCUCCUGACAUUAAUCCGUGACCUUUGACUUUGUUUAAAAUAUUAAAUUAUUUAAUUAGUCGACAAUUUUGAUAAUCAGUUGUUCGUUUUACGUCGUCAGUUCUUUGGUUCCAACGUCUCAGAUGUGAAAACCUGCGUUUGUAUGGAGGACAGAAGCUGCCAAAAUCAAAAAUAAAUAAUUGAUUCAAUAAAUCAAUGAAUAUUCCAUAAAAUGUACCAAAAAUAAAAUAAUAAAUUCAAAGAAUGCAUCAAGAAAUUUAUCAAGGAAAUAACGCAGAAAUAUUUUUUAUUUAAAAUGACCUAAAAUUAAAGUAUUUAAUAAAUAAGUGAAUAUGACAUUAAAUUUACGAAAAAUAAAAUAAUAAAAUGCAUCAAGAAAUGUAUCGAGAAAAUAAGACAGAUUAUUCUAAGUUUAUCCAAAAUGUAUGGGGAUAAAUUUGUCUCAAAUAUUGUCAACUUGUGUGAGUGUCUGCAAUUAUAAAACAAAAAAGAAAAUGGCAAAUAAAAAUUAAAAUCUGAGUACCUUAAAUUAAUCAUCAAAUAAAUAAAAAGCAUUUGAAAAUAUCUUCCUAACAACUGUCACAGAUAUUUGUGAGUCCUGUUUCUAUUUGUGAAUUUAAAAAAGAAUCAUAAACUCAAAAGACUCAAAGUCAAAGAAUGCAAAUUUGCAAGUGCAGAAUUAGGAUUCACAAAUAUUUGUUUUUCAUUUAUUUAUAAAUUAAUUAAUAAUAGUCCUCACAGGUUUUUGUGUAACUUGUGUGUUUGCAGACUCAUUAUAUAUUUAUAAAAUAUUUUUGUGAGUUCACAAAUCUUUUUGUAAAUAUAUAAUGUGUUUUAUAUUUAAACAUUUCACAUCAAAACACACAUUAUUGAUCUGUUCACACAAAUGAUAUUGACACAAAUUCAUCUCCAUAAAAAUAAAAUAAUGAAAAAAAUAAUAAUAAUAAUUAAAAAAUAUAAAUAUGUAUAAUAUAAAAAUACAGAAAUAAACAUGGUUAUUUUAAAUAAAGUAAAAUGGGAAAAUAAUGCAAAAAAUAAUUAAUAGUAAACGUUUAUUAAUAAAUGAAACAGGAAAGUAAAUAAAAACAAUAUUUUAUUGAAUGAUGUAGUAAUGAAGUUUAUGAAGCUUUUUUUGAUCUUUCGGACAAAACGAGACGUCACUUUGGACUCUUUGACAUUGUCAAACAAUGAGUUCAUUAAAUCAGAUGAUAACACAGUAGUUAGUUAGUUAUUGUUCAGCGUCAGAUUUCAACUGUUACAGUUGUUCCUGCUCAGUGGUUUUGUCAUGAAUGAACUUCCGUAUCUGAGAUGGGGAGAGAAAAUCAGCUGUUUACCUUGUUGUGGUUUCUAAUGUUUAGCUGAAAGUUUCCCGCCGCACUCUGUGAUCCAUGUUCCUUAUUUUUCUACUGAGAGAUACAGAAACAUAUUUAUGUUGUUGUUGUUGUUGUUGUUGUGUUAAAGCACUCUGUUUUCAGUGUGGUUGUUUGUAAAGAGGACAGAGUCAGACCUCUGUGUGUGUUCCUGUCGAUGUGGCUCUCUGAUGAUCCACCAAUAAAACACCAGAAAACUGUAAA